ACACGAGCGAGAUGUGUAUCUGUGAUUCUGGAUAGGGGCGCUGGCACCGAUUGGCUCCGGAUAUCGCAGCGUGGCGGUCGCUCAGUUCAGUCCGCCAUGGAAGGUGCAGCCGGCCAAAUGCUCGUCCCGAUCCUCGGCAUCGUUGCCGUGGCCGCCGUGACCUUCUACACCGUCAGCUUCAUGGAGAUGCGAGACAAAUCCUUCGAGGAGCUCGACGAGAAGUACUCGGACUUCGACGAGUCAGGCGGGCGGCAGCGGCGGUCUCGCCGCAGGGCCGAGCGCGACAGGAAGAAGUCCAAAUGAUUGGCCACGCCGCCAUUUGUGUCCCUGCUGGUUUGAGAGGGGACUGACGGGGGAUGAAGACGCAGCUGCUACUUACAAAUUUUUGGGUUUCAAGUCAUGGGUGAGUGUGAGUGUGUGUGGUUAUGAACAUCUGCCUAUUUCCUAGCUAUUAGCCACUGAAGCAGCUAAAACGAUGGAUUUAUUUAAAAGAUCGACUCCGUAAUACAUUAUGUACCCUCUGUUGUGCUUUCAGUUCUGUCAUCGGGACUUAUAAA